UGAAAAUUCAAAAAUCCAUGUAACGGCUGAUGCGGCGUAAUCGCUUACGUCGUACGCCUGUCAGAUUAUUAGACAGACUCCCACGGUCAAUUUUCAAAUUUGAGAUCCCUAACAAAGAUUAGUUUGCAGUUUACUUUCUUUCAAAAGUCCGAAUUGAAAACCACUUUUUAAGCAGUUUGAAAGUUUCCAAAAAUGACUGAAGAAUGGUGUUGCGAAAAACUGGAGAACUUAAAAAUAAAGGAGAAUCGUUUGUCUACCUUGGAGGAGAUUAGAGGUCGUCUUAAUGAAACUCCCAACUUAGCAUCUAAGGUUACAAACCGUUUGCUAACAUCUCCCGAAAUAUAUGACUGCUUGGAAGUGGAGGAUGAUGAGGCGCCAGUAGAUGCCAGCGCUGAUCCUAUGAACUUGGUGAGCGACAUUCUCUCCAUAUGUAUGUCCAAUUUAUCCUUGAGGCAAAACGAUUUACCAAAACUGUUGGACAGAGCAUUGCAGCACAAGAGGCCACGAAUACGUGCCUUAGCAUUGAAUGCCAUACUCAAGGAAUUAGAAAAUCAAAUAAGUGAUGACAAUAUGGGAGAUGCCAUUUCUGACGACCUACUACGACACCUGUUAAGAGCCUUGCAAGAACCUGAGACACAACUAGGCAGUCCGGCUCUCAAAAUUCUGACCAUUGUUUUAGAAGAUCAUUUGGAAAAGCCCUUUAUAAAAGAUACAUUUUUAGAAGCACUAAAGGGUUCUGAAGUAGUCAAGUGUCGACUUUACGAGUUGGCUGUUAAUCUUUCAAAAGGAUCUGCUGCAACUUUAGAAAAAGUGGGUUUCGUACUUGAUCAUGCAUUGUCGGAACUAGACAACGAUGAUGUUUUGUUGCAAGUAAAUAUCCUGGAAAUUCUUGCUUCGCUGGCUGAACAAAAUCAUGGUAUAACAUUUUUGGAAAAGCAGCAAGUUUUUGAUGUCAUUAGCAAAAAAGUUGAGCUUAUCGAACAGAAUCCAUUAGAUCGUUUAUUGGUACCAGGCAUAAUGAAGUUCUUCGGUAAAAUUUCAAGUAUACAACCGCAGAAGAUCAUAACUGGUUAUCCGCGAAUGAUACAAUGUUUGUUUGAGUGUUUACACUCUGGAGAUGUAUCCCUCUUGCCAGCAGCUUUCGAUACGUUGGCUAAUCUAUGCCAAUCUCAACAAGGUGUCGUUCUGUUGGAGGAACACUAUAGUAAUGAUGUUAAGGAAAGUUUAGAGGAUUAUAGUUCUUAUUUGAGGAACUUGCCAUCAGAAUUAAAAAAUCGAGCAUUUAGUAGUUUGGAAAUUAUAUUUACAUUUGAUGAACCCGUUUCGAAUAAUGUGAGUGAUAUUUUGCGCAAAUGGUUUGGUCACUUGAAUGGCGGAGAAAAACAUAUGCAAUUUCUUAUGGACUUUUGUCGCAAUCCAUUCCCGGAUAUUAAAAUUUCUACACUGAAUUUAAUUGGUGCUGCAUGCCUGUACCCCUGGGGUAUUGAGACAUUGAAAAAUACAGCUGGCUUUUUGGAAUAUCUUUUAGAUCGUAAAAUUGAAUUCGACAAAGAAGCGAAAUAUGCAAAAUAUUGUGUUAUCAAAAUUUUAGCGGAAAGCUGUGCUUUUGAUGUUGAGACAAACAACCAAUUGCGUACGUAUGUCAACGAGGGCCCUUAUUAUGUGCAGUCAAUCAUGGAUGUUGCUGUAGAGGGGAAUUGAAUAAAAUUAUUUGACUUUAUACAUUUAUUUUACAAUGUAAAUGUAAUUCAACCAUUUAUGCAUAACAAUUUUUACAAUAAAAUAUAUCCUUAAAAACUACAUAA